CAAUGGGAACUUUAUUCAGCAAGUCAGUUUUUAAAUCAUUAGAAGAGAGGCAGGGAUGAGGGAAGUUGGAAUCAUGGGAAGAGUCUGUCAGAGAUGGGGAGUGGGAGGUCUUCUUGGUAGCCUGGGACCUCCUGGUCCAUCACACUUGAAAUGUCAAUCAUAGAUCAUAAUUCUGAGUAUCUAUAACAAUCUGUUGGUUUGCUUAGGAAACAGAAUGUUCAGUCCUGCCCUUGGGAAUUCUAGGUCCUUAGAGGAACAUGGGAGAUGCCAGUGCAGGUAGACCAGGCAUCAAGAGAGUCUAAUGGGGGUCUCCAAGAACGGGGCUGACGCACGCUUACUGAGCAACAAUCAUUCCUGUUGAUGGGCAUUGUGCCUGGGAGUGACACUGCCUCAUUGGCUGGACAGCCCUGUCCCACAUAGGCUCUGUCUGCCUCAAUUGAACCUAGGUGUUGUACAGUUUAAGGGACGGGUAGACGGACAGCCACUGGAGGGACCAUGGUGCCUCUGAACAAGGAAGAGCAGGCGUGAGAGUUCAGUCAGCUGGGAGGCGUUUCUGCUAAGCCGGACAGCUGAUUCUGCCAACCCAGACAACAUUGGUGCCAGACCCAGUUUUUGCUUUCUCUGUGGCUCCAGGAGGAGGUGACGCUGUUGGGUCUUUGCACCGGAAAGAGAUGGAACUCAAUGCAUGAAGCUAGCUCCUGGGAUCCAAAGAGCCAGGGCAAGAAGUUCCAGCCCAUCUCCAGAGCAGGGUCUGGCCUCUGAGAAACCCAGAUUUCCCAGGAUCCUCUGACUUCCAUGUUUCAGCCUUAAGGGGGUCCCUCUCGUAAGGAAGUGGGAAAAAAUUCCUGUUGAUUCUAUGUAAAGGUGAGGUCUCAACACACACAUGCAUACACACACACACACACACACACACAUAUGCACCACAAUGCCCCCUACGUGUGUACACAUACACACGUACACACGUGUAUACACACAUGCACACAUACACACAAAUGCAAAGACACAUGCAUAUAAACACAUGUACACACAGACAUAUGCAUCACCCACACAGACAUGAACACACAUAUACAGGACUCCACAGCCCACCCUCCCCUUCUCCAUUGCCUUUGUUUUAGGACAGUUCUCUGUACUAUCUAGCUGAGACUGCAAUCUAGCUCCCUGCCUCAAUUUCCCUACACAUGGACUAUGGUGCUAGGUUUGUUACACGCCUUCUUGGAACUUUGGGAAGGGAAAGGCUGGAAUUUAGGUAGAAGCUGGUGGAAGGCACCUUCCAGGGAGGGGAACCUUGAAAUGAUGGGCCAUGCAUAGGCUUGAACUAAAGACUUGGGCUGUCUUGGUAGAGAAACAGGCUGUGUUCCUAGAGCAAGGGCCAUAGUACAGUGUCCCUGGUGUGAGAUAGUCGGUCCCUCUGUAGCUUUUCUAAAGGCCUGUCACCCUCCCCAGAGCAUGACGGGAACUUUCUGAAACAAACGGCAUGAGAAUAAUUCUCAUUACCCCAUACCCCUAUUAAAGGUCCUUAUCCUCCCCUCUGGAUGACUGGCCCACCCUAAAAUGGGGGUGGGGGAGGAAUAGAGCCCUGAGCCAGCUCUUCCCUGCCUCUUCCAGGCUCUCCCUUUGUAGCCAGCUCACCAGGACACUGCCAAGUAUGCUCUGUGCCAGGAUGGAGGCUGGGCCUGGGGGCUGGGGCCCUAAGGGUUGGUGACUGCCAGGGGUCCUGAAGCCCUUUGCUUGCCCUUCAGAGAGCUUAAAACUUCCCGGGAGAGGAACAGCUAGCUUUGCUGGGUUGUCUGAAGAGGUGGGGGAGGAGGGUGUCCGGAUCUGUUCCCCUUGGGGGCCCAGGCCAACACAAUAGCCCCUGGGGCUGCCACACUCUGGCUUAAGUAGUUGCCUAGGCAACAGCAGGGACCAGCUUCAACCAAUCCAUGGCAGAGACUGGUAGGGGGAGGGAGGUUAGGAGGGAAGCGGGUACUGUCCCCUUGCUGGAUCCUAUAUAAGGAGGAGGGAUGGGAUCGGAGUGCUCUGGACUUGACUGUCCCUCCAGUGGACUUAGGGACAGAGCACAAAGAUGCUUAGAAAAGGUUCCUGCAAGCCUGGGUCCUGGGGCAGCUUCUGGGCUAUUCUGGCCUUGGUGGGACUGGUCACUCGUGCAGCGACUGCAGGACCUGCUGCGCCAGGGCAAUGCCAGUGAUGUCAUCCUGCGGGUCCAGGCUGUGGGCACCGACGAGGUCCGAGCCUUCCACACCCAUCGCCUGUUGCUGGGGCUGCACAGUGAGCUGUUCCGGGAGCUGCUGAGCAACCAGAGUGAGGUUAUGCUGCGGGAGUCCCGGGACUGUGCUGCUGUCUUUGACAAGUUCAUCAGGUAUUUGUACUGUGGUGAGCUGACUGUACUGCUGGCCCAGGCUAUCCCGCUGCACAGGCUGGCCACCAAGUACCGAGUAGCAUCCUUGCAGCGAGGCGUGGCCGACUACAUGCGCGCACACCUGGCGGGAGGCGUGGGCCCCGCUGUGGGCUGGUACCACUACGCUGUUAGCACCGGGGAUGAGGCUCUGCGCGAGAGCUGCCUGCAGUUCCUGGCUUGGAACCUUUCUGCCGUGGCGGGGAGCGCGGAGUGGGGAGCCGUGAGCCCCGAGUUGCUGGCGCAGCUCCUGCAGCGCUCGGACCUGGUGCUGCAGGAUGAGCUGGAGCUGUUCCACGCGCUGGAGGCGUGGCUGGGCCGCGCGCGGCCGCCCCCCACCGUGGCCGAGCGAGCGCUGCGCGCCAUCCGCUACCCGAUGAUUCCGCCUGCACAGCUUUUCCAGCUGCAGGCGCGCUCGGCCGCGCUGGCGCGCCACGGCCCGGCGGUGGCAGAUCUCUUGCUGCAGGCUUACCAGUUCCACGCCGCCUCGCCGUUGCAUUACGCCAAGUUUUUUCACGUGAACGGCAGCGCCUUUCUGCCGCGCAACUACCUCGCCCCAGCCUGGGGCGCCCCGUGGGUCAUCAACAACCCGGCUCGCGACGAUCGCAGCACCAGUUUCCAGACGCAGUUGGGACCCAGUGGUCAUGACGCGGGUCGCCGGAUUACCUGGAACGUGCUCUUCUCCCCGCGCUGGCUGCCCGUCAGCUUGCGGCCGGUCUACGCGGACGCCGCGGGCACCGCGCUGCCUGCCGCGCGCCCCGAGGACGGGAGGCCGCGACUAGUGGUCACGCCAGCUAGCAGCGGUGGCGAUGCGGCGGGCGUGAGCUUCCAGAAGACAGUGCUGGUGGGUGCGCGCCAUCAGGGCCGCCUCCUGGUGCGCCACGCCUACAGCUUCCAUCAAAGCAGCGAAGAAGCUGGCGACUUCCUGGCCCACGCAGAUCUGCAGAGGCGCAACUCGGAAUACCUGGUGGAGAAUGCGCUGCAUCUCCAUCUCAUUGUCAAGCCGGUGUACCACACCCUCAUCCGGACUCCCAGUUAACCUCUGGAUUGAGAAAUAAGGCUAGGCCUGGAUGGCGCACCAGGGUGUCAAAGUGACUGUUGGCCCGGGCCUUGGGUGAUCAGGUGCAGCCGGUUGGGACUAGGGUGGAAGGCAGGUGAAUGUGGUAGACAAAAUGGCUGUGGUUUCAGGAGUGCCUUCUCCAGCUAAUUUGAAGGCAGCAUUCUUGGUACAGAAUAAACCGAUGCUCAGAGGGGCCAGGUACUGAAGCAA